AAUUUUUGAAGGGGCCACUAAAGUUUGAGGAGGAAUUGGAUGAACUUUUUGAGGGAACUGGUGUUAAUGGAAAGGAUGCUAAGUGUCCAAAUGAAGAUGCAAAAAGUAGUGCCCGUGAAGUUUCAGAAACGGAAUUCAUUGAAGAUAUUACGGAGUCACAACCUGAAAGAAGAGUAUCAAAAUCAACCACAAUGAAUACAUUGGAUAAUGAUGAUGAUGAUGAUGACUCUGUACCUGAGAAGAUAUAUAAUGGAUGAAAGAAGCAAAAACUUGAUUAUACUUUAGGGAAACAAAAGCAAAGAAAGGCAACUCGUGUACCCCAAUCUGAAGCUAUGACUACCUUGUCCUCCUUGGGUGAAAUGGUAAGGAUCCGAAUCAAUGCUUUAACUGCUACUUCGAAUGCAAGUGGAUCUGUGUCUGAUGCUCUGAAGAUAUUGGAUGAAAUGGAGGACUUACCAAUGGGGAGUGACAUGCACUUGGAUGCCAUGCUACUGUUGGAGGAUCCCACAAAGAGAGAAUUUUUUCUGAAAAUGAAUCCUUCUAUUCGUUUUGCUUGGUUACGAAAAAUACUUGGCCAAAAGGAGCAAAGCCCGAGUAUCUGAAUAUGUUUUUUGGUUAUUUUCUAUGUGAUUGAACUAGUACAAUAUAUUAGUUGAUAGGAUUAUUUGGUUGGAUAGUUUUGAAAUGGAAAAAGCAACUAUUAAUAGUAGUGACUUUUUUUGGUUGGAUGAAGAACAGUUGAUUAUAGUUGGAUAGUGACACUUUAAGAUCAAGAAUUAGAAGACAUUGUGAUUAAAUGAUUACUUAAUGCAAAUAAAUGUGAACUUGAUCUUAUGUGGUUCUAUUUUUUUAUUGUUUAUCAUAUUGUUUUGUUUCACAUAAUCUAUUGGUCAUUAUUCAUAAAAUAAAUGUUGAAAUGUUAUUUGGGCAGAUGAUGACACUUUAUGAUCAAGAAUUAGAAGCCAUUGAGGAUGCUAUGUUAUUUACUAGUAUAAUGGUCUUGACAGAAAAUAUCUUGGGUGAAGAAGAAGAAGAAAAAGAAGAGAAUGAAGCAACUCCUCAAAUUGAGAGACAAAGAGUUCAUACAUGUCCAUUUACAUGACAUAUUUGGAUUUCGAAAAUAUUACAUCCUAAUACACAUCCUAGAAGAGUAUGUAGGCUUUUUCGGAUGUCUCGAGAUCACUUUAUGAGGUUAUUAGAUGCAUUGAAGGAAAGAGAGUUAGUAAAAGAUACAAAUAAUAUCCCCGUAGAAGAGCAAUUGGCAAUGAGUAUUAUGAUCAUGGCUCAUAAUGUUAGGAAUAGCAUUAUUCAAGAAAGGCUUCAACAUUCUAGUGAAACUGUGAUUCGAGUUUUUUAUAAUAUUCUACGAGCCCUUAAUACUUAUGCUAGAGAACUCAUUCAGCCACCAUCUUUUAAUGAAAUUCCUGCUAAAAUCUGUGGGGAUAAGAGGUAUCAUCUUUAUUUUGAUAAUUGCAUAAGAGCAAUUGAUGGGACACAUGUCAAUGCAUCCGUCCCAGUUGCCAACCAAAUUCCAUAUAGAUCAGGAAGGAAAAAAUAUGCAACACAAAAUGUACUAGUUGUGUGUGAUUUUGAUAUAUGUUUUACCUUCAUAUGGGCUGGUUGGGAAGGAACAGUCCUUGGCUCGAGGAUUCUGUGGGAAGCAUUGCAUCGACAAUAUUUGAAAUUCCCUCAUCCUCCAGAAGGAAAGUAUUACCUUGUUGAUCUCGGAUUUUCAAAUGUCCCCGGAUACCUUGCCCCAUUCAAAAAUGUGUGUUACCAUAAACAAGAUUAUAACCACAGAAGACCACAAGGGACUAAAGAACGGUUCAAUCAUACCUUCAUUAAGGAGUACAAUUGAGAGAUGUUUUUGUAUCUUAAAGAAGCGGUUUCCCGUUCUCAAGACCAUGCCUUCAUAUCAGUUUAGGACAUAGGUUGAAAUGGUAAUUGCCUGUGUAGCCAUACACAAUUUUAUCAAGAAACAACAAGCAAAUGAUUGGUUGUUUGACAAGUAUGAUUGUGAAUACUUGAGUAUCAUUGAUAAUAACCAUGACAAUGAGGAAAAUACAAGGGCUUCCGGUUUUCCGUCCUUAGUUACUACGCAGCAACAACAUGCAUGGGGACAAGUUAGACAAAAUAUUGCUGAUAUGAUGGACCAAGAUGCAACAGGUUGAUGGAGACCCAUGUUUUUAUGACUUGUUUAUUAUUUGUACUUUUAUAAAUUUAAACAUAAUUUAUCAGAUUUGUUGCAGGCACGACGAUUAGGAAACAUAGGAAUCGUCGUCUAGACUAACUGUGCGGAGGUGGUGAAUUUGUUUAAGGAGGAUCAAAGUACUUUGGCCAUGAGAUUUUUUUUUUAUUAUUAUUUGAAAUAUUUGAGUAGAUAUUUUGUAAGUUUUGAUCUGGUGAAACAAUGUCAUAAUCAAGCGGUGGUGGCGCAUAAGUUAGCUACUAACU